UCUAUAAAUAUUCUGAGUGCUCUGAAUUGUGGGUUUCAUCCUCACUUGCGAUCUCUUUCUGCCUGUGGUCAGGUGUUCAGUGUGGUAACUAUUCAGCUACUGGUCACGUUUACUGUAGUCUGCGUCUUCACCUUCUCAAAGACAGUCAAGGAAGCGGUGCAGAAGAACAUCUGGAUUUACAUCAGUUCGUAUAUUGUGUUUAUGGUGGUGGCCCUGUGUCUCUCGGUGUCCUCCACGUUCAGUCGCAAACAUCCCUGGAAUCUGGUGGGACUGUCAAUGGUCACGCUGAGUUUAUCCUACAUGGUGGGAACUGUAGCCUCAUAUCACAACACAACUGCUGUGAUCAUCGCUUUAGGGUCAACUCUGGUCAUCUCUUUCACCAUCAUCAUCUUCUCUGCCCAGACUUGUUUGGACUUCACUAUUUGUAAUGGCGUUCUGCUCAUACUGUCCGUCGACUUGCUCAUGUUUGGAUUCUUCAGCAUCUUUUUCUACUCCUCUGUUCUGCAGAUUGUCUACGGAUGUCUGGGAGCACUUCUUUACGCUUUGUUUCUAGCAGUGGACUGUCAGCUGGUGAUGGGCAGGCAAAAAUACAGCCUCGAUCCUGAAGAAUACAUUUUCGCCGCUCUAAUUAUCUAUCUGGACAUCAUUAUGAUAUUCCUCUACAUACUUAUGAUCCUGGGCGGAGGCUCCAAAAAUUAAACCCACACAUACCCACACCCACACACAAGUCGAGAUGCUCUCCAAAUCUACAGGUGAGGUGACCAGCUGCAUUAAACCGUCUGACCUCAGGUUUCAUCAUUUCAUUCAUCUGCACUGCUCCCUCUAUUGGCUCAAUGUCUCUGCUGCUUUGUGUUUGUAUUGGUAAACAUGCACUUACGUUAUCCAUAUAUAAUCACGUCGUCUACUCUUUUCUAGUUUAGUCUCAAUAAUGUUUUGUAAGUCAGUUAAAUGCCUUAAUAUUUACGGUAUUUUGCAUCCAUUAAAUUAAAAACACCCCAUAAUGUGAAUCAUAAAAAGCUUUAAUUUGUGACUAUGCUCUUU